AGCACUACUCUACGUGUCUCUCUUUUUCCGUUCCGGUCCUUCCUAUUUUGCGCCGGUAGUGCGUACGUUAUAAACCUUCACCCCACACCUUUGUUUCUCUCUCAUUCUCUUCUCUCUCUCUCUCUCUCUCUCAAAGAAUCAAUGUUUCUUCAGAGUUUUCAGCUCAUUCUCAUUUUCCAAUUAAAGGCAGGUAGAUGAAUUUCUUGAGAUUAUAAUCUAGUUCUGUAUUUGUACUGGGGAAUGAUGGGAGUUGAAACGGUGACAGAAUCGUUGUUUAAUUUGUGGAGAACUUCGCGAAAGAGCUCGGCUUCAGAGACUGAGAGGAAGCAUGUGAUAGGAAUUCUGGCAUUUGAAAUUGCAGGUUUGAUGUCUAAGGUGGUUAACUUGUGGCAAUGUUUAAGCGACAGGCGAAUCGACAAGUUAAGAGAAGAAAUCUCAUGUUCACUUGGUAUUCAGAAGCUUGUUGCUGAAGAUGAUGAAUAUCUUAUGGAUCUUGCUAUUGCAGAGAUUAUUGAUAAUUUGGGAUGUCUGUUGAAAUCAGUGUCUACGCUUGGUAAGAGAUGUGAUGAUCCAGUUUAUCACAAUCUUGAACGAAUUUUCGAAGAUCCAGUUGAAAUUGAACUCAAUGGGUGUGCAUGGCGAUAUAGGCUGAAGAAAAUGGACCGGAAGGUUAAGAAAAUGGAGAGAUUUGUUGCAGCCACGACUCAAUUGUACCAGGAGCUUGAAGUUCUUACCGAGCUUGAGCAAACGUUGAGGCGGAUGCAGACCGGUGCUAGUUCAGGUCAGAUGAAAUUGCUUGAGUUUAGGCAAAAAGUUAUAUGGCAAAGAGAGGAAGUGAAGAAUCUAAGAGAAAUGUCUCCUUGGGUUAGAACUUAUGACUAUACUGUCCGGCUUUUGCUUCGAUCUAUUUUUACUAUAAUCAUGAGGGUUAAGUACCUAUUUGGGACAAAUCAAACAGGAGUUGCCGGAGGAAGCAACCAUUUUGAUGUCAUCGAUAAUGGUUAUCUUGAUCGCAGCCGGUCCAUCUCCGCGCUUACUCUGUCGUCUGUUUAUCCGUCUGAAAAUAACACGUCGGAAUCCUAUUUAGGUUCCUUAGGCAGGUCAUUUUCGAGCCUUGGGCUAAGUGGAAAUAAAGAUAGAUCAACUAAUAAAAAAUCUCUUGCUCGGCAAUCAUCUGUGUUUUGCGGAAAGCCAUCACAACUGAGAUCCAGGCGAUUCGGGAAUGUUGGACCUUUUAAAGGAUGUUUAAACAGUGGCACUGAGUCACCUGUAAUACUUGAGAGUUGCAUGCCUUCUAACAGCGAUCUUUCAAAGUCAGACAAUAGUUUCCAAAAAGAUAACGACAAGUUUGAAGACACGAAUCCUGUUCCCGCCUCCUCAAAUGGCAUAAUUUUUGCAAAAACUUCUCUAUUCAAUUUCAAGCGUAAGCUGUUAAUUGCUCCUCAAGAUUCUCUGGGCUAUGCUGCUUUGGCACUCAAGUAUGCAAAUAUCAUCAUACUUAUAGAGAAACUGUCCUCAGCACCACACUUGAUCGGUCUUGACGCAAGAGAUGACCUAUACAAUAUGCUGCCCGCUAGCGUCAAAAACUCUCUGAGGGGUAUGUUAAAGGUAUUCGCCAAAUCAUUGACUUCAUCCGUUUAUGAUGCUGCGCUUGCAGCGGAUUGGAGUUUGGCACUGGGAAGGAUAUUAGAAUGGUUGUCGCCACUUGCUCAUAACACGAUAAGGUGGCAUUCUGAACGAAACUUUGAGAAACAAAGACUGGUUUAUGGGGCUAAUGUGCUUCUUGUGCAGACCCUUUACUUUGCAAACCAAGCAAGAACUGAAGCGGCGGUUGUAGAACUUCUCAUGGGUCUAAAUUACCUAUCAAGAUUUGGUAGAGAAAUUAGUGCAAAACCGUUAAUGGAGACAUCUUGCGGUAGAGCUAGCAGUGAGUAUUUUCUCCACAAGGAUAAUAAUCCGAAUGCAUACCACUUGUGUCAUGAUUAAAACACAUAAAUGACUAAACAGAAUUACUUAUCAUGAGUUUAUUGUUGCUUGAUUGAGUUUGUAGUGAGGUUUGUAUAUUCUUUAGUUUUUUCUUCCUGUUGCUUAACAGCUUAAGGUACCCUCUGAAUCUGAUAACACAAACUGUUCAUUCCUCUUGUUGGCAUAAGACUUUUUGCGGUUCUAUUGAUUUAUA